UAUGUAUAUAAAGGAAUUCUUCUGUACAAUAUUACACUGUGAACUGAACCGCAAUAGGGAACGGACAAUAAGAUGAAAGUCAUAAUAACAUUGGCGUUGUUAGCUGUAAGUCAUGCUCAUAUUAUUAAGCCAGCAUGUGACCUGAUCUCCAUCCAAGACAUCAUCUAUCAGAAGGAGGUGCUGAAAGAAAACGUAAACGACCCCUACCAGAUGGCAAUCGACUAUAACACUAAUACGCUCUUCUUCAGCCAUUCAAGAGCUAAUCCAAAAAACAACGAAGAUGUAUUUGAGUCAGCAUAUUUGAACCUGGCAAAUAACGAAUAUAAUAUCAUCCCUGGGAUUAUAGGCGGAUUUGCCGCUGCUGUUGACAAUAACAAGCACAAAGUAUAUCUCGGUGGAAGAAACGGCAUCUACGAGUACGAUUACGAAUCAAAAAAAGCAAUCCAUGUCAACCCCAAUGGAUACAGCGUUUGGCAAUUAUUCUUCAAGGAUAAGCUUUACUACACCGCCUACCCACAAGAAAGAGUGUACACUUUUGAAGGUGGCAAAUCGCUAAUAGUGCCUGAGCUAAAACGAACCAUGGCACAGCUAGUAGCUCUUGAUAAUAACUACAAUACCUAUUUCUCCAACUCAUCUGGUCUAUUUUGCUUAAAUAAAUCUGAUAAGAACAUUGUUCUAUUGGGUGAAUAUACCGUUAAUAGUUUCACGGCUGACGUAAAUGGUAAUAUAUACUUCUCGACGCCUUCUGGUUUUUACAAUAUAGAUAAUAACCAGAAGGUUAAUAAACUAGUAGAUCUUGAUGACGUUUUCGGAUUGGUUGUCGAUGGAAAAAAUAACUUCAUUUACGGGUCCGGAGAUAAAAUUAUCAGAUUAUCACCGACCCAAAAUAAAUGUUUGUAGAAUGGCAAUAAUAAGUAGUACCUACCUUAUACCAUUUUUAAUACGGUAUGCAUUUUUUCUUCAGUUUAUUACACGGGCUCUUUUUUAAGCUUAUCCAAAUUUUGCGAAGUAAAUAUACUUAAAUAGGUCAUACUAAUCAAAUUUUUUACUUAACCAACCCCGAAAUUGUGCGAAGAAAUGUAUGACUCACCCAUAGAAAACAUCGACUUCUGAUGUAUCAGAAUGUAUGAAAGGUCCUUUUUUUUGCGAUUUCAUGGUUGGUCCCAUAUACUGUGAAAAUAUUAUAUUAAUUAAAUAUAUUUAUGCUUUCCACAUUACUAUGAAUGAUGUAUAUCAAAAUAUAUGAAUAAAUGGAAAAAAAUGU